AUGUCAAUCAACUCGCGAGAAACAACAGAAUCUUUUGUCCCGUUGACAUCAAGAAUCAGUAGCAGACAUCCGCCAACCGGGCGGCCGACCACCACUGCUACCAGUGUCGCUGGACAGGAUAUCGUCUGCGCCAUAAGCGAGUCUCGUGGCGUCUCGUCCACCGUCGGCCUGGCCUUUGUCAACCUCGCCACAGCAGAAGCAGUUCUGUGCCAAAUAUGCGACAGCCAGACUUAUGUGAAGACAGUCACCAAGAUCGGUGUCUUCGAGCCCAGUGAGAUCCUUUUCAUGAACACUGCUAAGGGAUCAACACUGAACUACAUCGUUCAAGAAAACUUACCAGAUCCAAUCUUCACCUUUCUGGAUCGCAAGUGCUGGUCUGACAAGGCGGGGCAUGACUAUCUGGAUCGAUUGGCUUUUCCCGAUGAAGUAGAUUCCCUCAAAGUGACACUGGGCAAGAACUUCUUUGCGGCAUGCUCCUUCGCUGCAGUACUGCGAUACAUCGAGCUAGAGCUUCAACGUGUCUUUGCUUCCCAUUCUCUGCGGAUCAGACUUGAGCCAUCUCAAGGAUGCAUGACCAUCGACCUGGCGACAAUCGUAUCUCUUGAACUCAUCCAGAAUCUGCACAAUACUAAGUCGAAAGAUAGUCUAUACGGACAGCUCAACGAAACAUUAUCGCCCAUGGGAGCCAGACUUCUGCGAAGCAACAUUCUGCAGCCAUCCACCGAGCGUGCGAAGCUGACAGCAAGAUACAAUGCCGUCGAAGAUCUGUCCUCCAAAGAAGAUAUGUUCGUCUCUGUCCGCCAAGCGUUGAAAGGCUUCGGCGAUGCAGACAAAGUCUUGACUUCGGUAAAGCGAUCUAGUUUUAUGGAAUAUAUUGCCGAGCUGACUUGGCAGAUUAUUCUUGUCCCCAUGAACCGAACGGUCCAGUAUAUCGAGCAGUCGGUCAACAAUGUUAUCAUGCUGAAGACAUUUAUCUCUGGAAUCAAGAAGAUUUACCAGGCUUUGGGGGCUGCGCAAAGCGAUCUACUUCUGACAAUUCGCAAAUUAUGCUGCCCAGCAGGGCAUCGUGCUAUCGAGAUGCUGAUUGAGGAAACUUUGAAUGAGCAUACCACGUACCAAAGCAAGCCACUGGAUCUUCGGAACCAACGAGUAUACUGUGUUAAGGCCGGUGUCAACAGCCUGCUCGAUGUGGCCCGGCAGACAUACAAGGAGGCCAAUGCGGAUGCUGCAGAACUGGUGGAAGAACUUGCAGAAUCUUGUGAGAUGGCUUUGGAUCUCAAGUACGAUUCAGCUCGUCAGUACUACAUCUGUAUUCCAAUAUCAGAUGCGGAAUCACUGCCUGAUGUUUUCAUCAAUGUAUACCGCAAGAAGAGCCGUGUCGAAUGUCAGACCCUAGACCUGGUCAAACUGAAUCAGAAGAUCAACGAUGCGCACACCGAAGUGAUAAGCAUGAGCGACCAAACAGUCCAGGAACUGAUCCGAGAUGUGUGUGCACAGGUUUCAGGACUGUUCCGAGUCAGCGAAGCUAUUGCGAUGCUAGAUAUGCUGGCAGCCUUCGGCCAGCUGGCUACCAGCUACGAUUACAUCCGCCCAGAACUGACAGCUACACUGGCCAUCAAGGCUGGCCGCCAUCCGAUCAGAGAGCAAAUCCACAGCAACAAGUUCAUCCCGAACGACGCGUAUGCCACGCCCCAAACACGAUUUCAGAUUAUCACUGGCUGCAACAUGAGCGGAAAGUCGACGUAUAUCCGCACCCUGGCAUUAAUGACCGUCAUGGCACAAAUAGGCUGCUUCAUACCGGCCCAAUAUGCCUCUCUUCCGAUUUCGCACCAGCUGUUCGCACGCGUGGCGACAACAGAUGACCUUGAUGCCAAUGUUUCAACCUUCGCAGCAGAGAUGCGCGAAAUGGCAUUCAUCCUGCGCCACGUCGAGCCACGGGCUAUGGUGCUCGUCGACGAGGUCGGCCGAGGUACAAGCACAACUGACGGCCUCGCAAUUGCCGUCGCAUUGGCAGAAGCUCUUCUUGCCAGCAACGCUCUGGUAUGGUUCGUCACACACUUCCACGACUUGGCACGUAUUCUAUCUGAGCGAAACGGCGUGAUCAAUCUUCACCUCGCCGCCAACAUUACAGCUGAUGCGAGCAAAAUGACUAUGUUAUAUCAAAUUGCCGAGGGUCCAGUCCCAGACCGACGAUAUGGUCUUGCUCUCGCUAAGCUAGUCGAUCUCCCCCCAGCUGUUCUUGAAGUCGCAAACAAUGUUUUGGAGACCUUGAGUGGCUUUGCUCAGCGCCGAAGCAGUUCAUCACGCGUGAUUGCAAUUGCUCAAAAGCGAAAAUUACUUCUCUCGCUGCGUGAACAACUUUUCAUUGCUCGUGAUAGCACGAUGGAUGACGAUUCCCUACGCCGCUGGCUGAUCAAGCUGCAAAAUGACUUUGCGCUGAACAUGGCAGCCCUGGACCAGGAAGCGGACCCUACUAGCGACAGCUUCAGUGAAGCUGUCAAAGAUCGAAUCCCCAUCCAUAACAGCCCGUUACUCGACUCUUCUCGUCAUUCAUCGAGCACAAAGGGGGAAGUGAAUCACUUUGCAGAAAAAGCGGGAACUAGCUCUGAACCUAUCUUGGUUCUCGACUCUGCCUCAGAGACUGCCGAUACCGACAGCGUGGUAAUGGUUUGA